CAUUCGCGUCAAUGCCCGGUGGCGCGGAGCGAUGACUAGAGGGCCGGGAGUGGGGCUGAGCGGCACUUCAAGCUGGAAGAAGCCGGGCUCUGUAAGGCCAUGCUUCGCAGAUUGCUGCGUCUUGGCUUGGGCCCGGGCCUCCCAAACCGGGGGCUACGCACACGCAGAGGAGGCUUUACUCUGGACUGGGAUGCAAAGCUGUCUGAGUUUAAGAAGAAGAUUGAGUGCAUCCUGCCUGGAAAGCAAUGGGAAUUGCUGUACGACACCAGCCACCUGCCCCCAAAACAGUCGGAUGUGGUCAUCGUAGGAGGUGGGAUCCUUGGUCUGUCUGUGGCCUUUUGGCUGAAGAAGCUGGAAAGUAGACGAGGUGCCAUCCGGGUGCUGGUGGUGGAACAAGACCACACGUAUUCACGGGCUUCCUCCACAGGGCCUUCUGUGGGCGGGAUUUGGCAGCAGUUUUCUGUGCCUGAGAAUGUCCAACUCUCCCUCUUUUCAAUCAACUUUCUACGGAACAUAAAUGAAUACCUGGCUGUAGUGGAUGCCCCUCUUGUGGACCUCCAGUUCAACCCCUCAGGCUGUCUCUUGCUAGCUUCAGAAAAGGAUGCUGCCACCUUGGAAAACAAUGUGAAAAUGCAAAGGCAGGAAGGAGCCAAAGUCUGUCUGAUGUCUCCUGAGCAGCUACAGAACAAGUUUCCCUGGAUAAACAUAGAAGGAGUGGCUGUGGCCUCUUAUGGGAUGGAGGAUGAAGGUUGGUUUGAUGCCCGGUCUUUGCUCCAGGGUCUUCGUCGAAAGGUCCAAUCAAUGGGAGUCUUACUCUGCCAGGGAGAGGUGACACGUUUUAUCACUUCAUCUAGCCAAGCAGAGACCUCAAGUGGGGAACCGGUAGUCUUGAGAAGAAUUCACAAAGUCCAUGUAAGAAUGGACAAGAGCCUGGAGUAUCAGCCAGUGGAAUGUGCUGUCGUGGUCAAUGCCGCAGGAGCCUGGUCUGGGAAAAUUGCAGAGCUGGCUGGUAUUGGGAAGGGACUGCCUGGUACCCUGCAGGGCACCAAGCUACCUGUGGAGCCAAGGAAAAGGUAUGUGCACUUAUGGCACUGCCCCCAGGGACCAGGUCUGGAGACACCGUUGGUUGCAGAUAUCAAUGGAGUCUAUUUUCGACGGGAAGGAUUGGGCAGCAAAUAUCUAGGUGGCUGUAGCCCCACUGAGGAGGAAGAACCAGACCCAACAAAUCUGGAAGUGGACCAUGAUUUCUUCCAGAACAAAGUAUGGCCCCAUUUGGUCCAGAGGGUGCCAUCUUUUAAGACUCUGGAGGUACAGAGUGCCUGGGCUGGCUAUUAUGACUAUAACACUUUUGACCAGAAUGGCGUGGUGGGCCCCCACCCACUAGUUGUCAACAUGUACUUUGCUACGGGCUUCAGUGGUCGGGGACUUCAGCAUGCACCUGGCAUCGGUCGAGCUGUGGCCGAAGUGGUACUGGAGGGCCAGUUCAAGACCAUCGACAUGAGCCCCUUCCUCUUCACCCGCUUUUACGUAGGAGAGAAGUUACAGGAGUUCAGUAUCCUCUGAGCACGAAAACUUCUGUGGGCCUCGCCAGCCCAGGCGUUGUCCUUGCCUCACACUGGCUGUGGUCACUGCCUGAGUCUCCCCAGGACGGUGACACGGCUCCAUCCCUUCCCUCACCAUCCUCUAAGCCGGGCCACUCUGCCCCAGUGUCUCUGGACAGAGAAUGCGCACAGGCACAGAGACCCAGGCCAAUGGAGAGUGAUGAAUGGGACCCCAGGACCGACUGUAGCCCAAGCUGAUGCCACCAUCCAAAACACUUCGGCUGGCAUCCUGGGUCUGGGGCCCAGGACUGGCCUCCUUCCUGGUACAGGAAAUGGGUCUCUGACCCUCUGGCCAGAACCCAUGCACACAGCAUUCUAGGACUGCCUGGACCAAAUUUAUCGACUCAUCUGUUAACCUUGUCUCCAAUCAGUAUAUGUGAUUAACCCUUUCCCUCUGCUCUUGUAUUCUUUCUGCUUCUCUUCUCAAGGUAGAAGCUUUUGAAGUAUUGCCAUUAAAAAGGCAGCCUCGUC